UAAAUAGAGAACUCACCUUCUCUGGAACAGUCCGCGUCAGGAGUCCUGCCCUUCACACUUCCAAGAGUCUCCGCAAGAUUGAAAGAAGACAAGCCUUCCCCGGGGCUGGGUGCCAUGCAGCAGCCCGUGAAUUAUCCGUGUCCCCAAAUUUAUUGGGUGGACAGCAGUGCCGCUUCUCCUUGGGCUCCUCCAGGGUCAGUUUUCCCCUGUCCAUCCUCUGUGCCUGGAAGACCAGACCAGAGGAGACCACCACCGCCACCUCCGUCACCGCUACCACCUCCAUCACAACCACCACCACCACCACCCCCACCUCUGCCACCACUGCCCCCUCUAAAGAAGAGGAUUGACUACAACCCAGACCUAUGGCUACCAGUGGUAUUUUUCAUGGUUCUGGUGGCUUUGGUUGGAUUGGGGUUAGGAAUGUAUCAGCUCUUCCAUCUGCAGAAGGAGCUGGCAGAACUCCGUGAGUUCACCAACCAAAGCCUCAAAGCAUCAUCUUUUGAAAAGCAAAUGCAGAACCCCAGUUCACCCUCUGAAAAAAAAGAGCCGAGGUGUGUGGCCCAUUUAACAGGCAACCCCAACUCCAGGUCCGUCCUUUUGGAAUGGGAAGACACAUACGGAACUGCUCUGAUCUCUGGAGUGAAGUAUAAGAAAGGUGGCCUUGUGAUCAAUGACACUGGGUUGUACUUUGUAUAUUCCAAAGUAUACUUCCGGGGUCAUUCUUGCAACAAUCAGCCUCUAAACCACAAGGUCUUCAUGAGGAACUUUAAGUAUCCAGGGGAACUGGUGCUAAUGGAGGAGAAGAAGUUGAACUACUGCACUACUGGCCAGAUGUGGGCCCACAGCAGCUAUCUGGGAGCAGUAUUCAAUCUUACGAGGGCUGACCAUUUAUAUGUCAACGUAUCUCAACUCUCUCUGAUUAGUUUUGAGGAAUCUAAGACCUUUUUUGGCCUAUAUAAGCUUUAAGAGAAAAAGCACUUUAGAAUUAUGAUUAUUCCUUAUUAUGGACACUGGGAAUAUUGCCUUGAGUGAGAGUCUUCUUAAGACCAAUUGAGGUUAAUUGAGACAAAAUGAGCCACAAAGACCUCAUGAUCACAAGGGUCAACAGGUCAGCUAUCCUUCAUUUCCCAGAGGUCCAUGGAGUGGUCCUUCAUGCCUCCAUCAUGAGCCAGAUGGAAGGAGGACUGUGACUGAGGAACAUAAAGCUUUGGGCUGCCAUGUGGUGAUGCAGAGGCACAGAGAUGGAACUGUCUGAUGUUAAAAGGCCAAGAGCAUUUUAGCCAUUGAAGAGGACACUGUUAAACUCGCCUUUCAGGGUGGGUCUACUUGCUACCUCAGAGGAGACCGUCUUUUAGACACACAGUUGUGAUCUGAAUAUACAAGGGAUGGGAAAGGGGGCCAGGUUUGACUGAUAAGCUAGAGACUGAAAGAGGCCAAUGUCCUAUUGGCAGCAUCUUUACUUUUAACCAGUGUUUUCUGAGCCAGCCUUUGAUGCUAACAGGGAACUAAGAGGGAUGUUUGUGGCACAAAUCACCCUCUACACAGCAUGUGUACCUCCAGUGCAAUGGUGUCUGUGUGUUUGUAUGUAUGAGAGGGAAGACAGACAGAUUCUAGUGAGUCAUAUAAAUAGAAUGUGAACAUUAUGAAGUACAUAUUAGAAAUAUGUAUUACACUUGAUGGUAGUAGAUAUCUGAAUGUUUCCUGGCAAUAAACUCUAAUAGUCUUCAAAAAUCUUUUA